AUGAGUUAUCACUACUCCGUACCACCGCCGCAUUACGCGAAAUACUAUGGGGGCUCGCCAUACAGUAGCGGCGAGUAUGUCCACUACGCUCCCCAAUACGAGACGACACCAAAAAGACACGCUCGAAAAGCCAGCUACAAUCCGUCACCCAGAGUCGGAGGCUGGUAUUCCCCUGCUGGCUCUCCCCCACCAUUCUAUGAAGCCAACGUCCAAUACGCUGUACCGCGGGAUGAAGUCUAUGUGAGUGAGGCGACGGGCAAAUCCCGCAAGCAUGAGAGCUACAACACAUUUCCUAGCUCAAGAUAUCAUACCCGUUCAUCAUCGCGCAAGCAGAAUCAGCCCAUCUAUGUUUACGACGGUGAAGCUGAAUAUGCAGGAGUGCAGGCAACAUACAUCUUACGAGAGCCAAAAUCAAAGUCCAAGCACACAAGGAAGCCAAGCACUGACACCUACUUUUACUACGGGCAGGGACAAAUCAUAGAUGAGCAGCCAAAGCGAUCGAGGGCACGACGUUCUUCGACCACCACCAAACCGUCGCCAAAGUCCAAAUCCAGUCAGCCUAAGCCUACGCCGCAGGCAACCGAGGCAGACGCCAUCCGAGAAGGUAUUCCCGCAGGGUAUUCCAUCAAGCACUGGGAUCCUACAGAGCUGCCUAUCAUUCUCCUGGGCAGUGUCUUCGAUGCCAACUCACUGGGAAAAUGGAUCUACGAUUGGACAGUCUUUCAUCAUGGCGCCUCCACUCCCAUGGCCGACAUGGCUGGUGAACUGUGGCUCCUACUUAUUAAGCUUGCGGGUAAGAUGAAGAGAGCCGAGGAAUGUGUCGGUCGCAUCAAGAAUUUGGAAAAGCAAGAAACCGUUGAGGACUUCAUCAUCAGUGGUCAGAGAUUGUGGGAGAAGUUCAAAGGACUUCUCAAAGACUGUGAACACUACAUGUUGAAGGCUGCGAAACGCGACGGCACCAAAACCAUGGGCAAGAAAGCAGGCACCGAAUUUGUCGACUCCAUCUUUGGACGAGACCGUCACCUCGAAGCGACUGAGAGGAUCAUGAACCAGAUCCGACUCUGGAAUAUGCGCUUCGAUGUCAAUUGCGAGGACACUCUGCGUCGACCCUCUGUUGCCUAG